UUCCGGAAAAAGCAGAACACUUGCGAUCGGCUACAAAGACUGCUGAGCAGCAGGGGGCGUGGAAAUUGACACAUUAACUUGAAUGGAAACGAUCAGCGGGGAUUGGCGCUGAUGGUCUUUUCGCCGCCAUUCAGCAUGCGGUGUAAAUUAGGGGUAAGACAUGAAAUAAUAGAGGAAUGUCAGGCAGAAGAGAGGACAAGCACUGAGAGCAGCCAGGCUGAUGUUUUGCUGAAAGGAACUUCAACAGAUCCAAGGAAGUGAAAUGGCACCAACCUCAAUACCAGACUUGGCCUCUGGCAGGACUUGACCCUCUAGUUUGUAAGCCAAGUCGCUGUAGCCUGAAAGAGCUUGCUGUACCUUAUGCAAAGUAAGGUGAUGUAUUGAGGCCCCAGAGUGGCAGCUAUGGGUUAAAUAAUUUUACUGCAUGUACUUGGUGGGCAUUAGUGGCAUUAUUUAAUGUCCAAAUAAUUACACUCAACUUCAGGUGCCAGGAUAUGUCUCUUAGUCAUCACUGACAGAUUUCCAGUGCGCUGGUUUUCAGACAACUUUUCGAAUGCCCAUUUUUUCCCUCUGAAGUUGGACUUUGGAAAAGCUCAAGUGGAGGUGUAAUAUAAAUAAAUAUUAAAAUGUAAAAGCAGUUUUAUUGCCAGGUCAAAGCCAAACCUUUCAUACUGUAUUUUAUGACUUUACUACUGUGGUGCAGCAGUGAGGCGACUUUCCCAGACAUAAGCUUGAUGAGUGAAAAAUAAUCCCUCUUUAAAAGUAUCGCUCGAGUUAUUUGGCAGCGGGGGAUGAAAAAAACACUUUCUGCUUGUCCUGCUCCAAAAGGUCAAAGGUCAGGUUACACUUGUUGAGCUUAAGGGUUUUUCUUGCUCCGUUAGUCAUAUCCCUCACAGCACAAACAUGCAUUAUAAAGAAAAAGCAGACAUCCAAUUAACAGUUGAAGCGCUCUGUGUACACUUUUACUGCAUUUGAAGAAUGGAGAGUAAAUACAGGGGUGCGAGCGCAGAUUUGCAGUGUGUCAGCAAUGGAAGAAGUGAGCAGAGGAGUUCAUUUGAUGAACUUGUUAAGGGAUGCUAAGGGUUGAAGGGAAAGACGUGUGAAGUCGGACCUUUGUGUUAAGUGUGUGCGUAUGUGUGUGUGUUUGAUGUUACAGUCUUGUAAAGCAGCAGCUGGAGAGGGCCGUCCCCAGAGAACCACCACAGCCGGCUAGUAAACCACACACACACACAUACACACACACACACACACACACACACAGAUGCAGUCUUUAAUAAAGCGAUUGCUCGGGAAACAGACCAGACCGAGCCGAUCUGAGACUCUUUUAAGGCGAGAAUGACUCGGUCACGCUCUCAUAUGUAUACACUCACAUCCUCUCAGUCUGAAGACAUGACAGAAGAACCUCAUUACUCUGACUUCAACUCCUACAAACCAGCAGAGGCCUACUCAGACAAUAAAAAGUAUGACUGAUAAGGAGCUGAUGUAUAAAAGCAAAGGCCUUUUUGGACUUCCUUCUACUGAUGUUAUCAAUUAUGAGUAUAUGUAUAUAUAUAUAUAUAUUUGGUCUACAUAUGGUUCCACUGUAAAACUGUAAAUGUAGUGUAAAACUGCAGAGGCCAGAUGUGCAGUUAGUAAUACAAGCCACAGCAGGCGGGGACACCUAUUGUGAGUGAAGUCAGUAGCUCAGUCAAACUCAUUAGAAAAGUGGAACACCUGGAAGAGCCUGAGAAAUAUCAGAAAGAGGGACACAUUUUUCAUGUGUAGGGUGUAUUUUUUUGCAUUUAGGGCUCCAUCUAUGCGUAAACAUCGAAAAAACAGCAGGUGCAAGUCCAAAAACUCAUAAUUUAUCCGUCUAUACAUUAAAAUGAGAGCUUUUACCAUUUUAGUUGUUCCACUUGCAAAAAUAAGAGUCAGCAGGUGCAAGAGCUCAGGCAACAAGUUUCUGUGUUUAUAGUCUGUGCGUAGACAAACAUUAGCUGCAGACGGAGCCCCAAAUUAGUCUGCACCACAAGAAUCUCCAUAUUUAAGGAAACCGCUGUUCUUUGCACAUUCACAUGUCAUCAAAUAUCUGUUUUUUUCCUUGAUUGUAGGAAAUAUAUUGGAUGACAUCAUACUGCAGCUGACUGGAAGCAAACAGUCCUAUUUUAGUGUCAUGGAUCGUUUCCAAAGAGAUGAUAUAACGCAGUCCAGAUGAGCCCCUCCAAGAAUUGUCUCAUUAUCACACACGCCGCAGCUGCACGACCACUGUGUGUACGAGUGACCGGGUUUAUGUGUAUGUGUGUGUGCGUAUGUAUGAGUGUGUGUUUCUGUGACCAUUUAAACUCUACUCACAGUCAAUUACCAGAAAAUGACUUGUGUGUGUGGACUAUUUUCCCUCUGAAAAAACUAAUGAUAGGGUUGGGGUUAAGGUUAGAAUUGGGCUGCAGGAAAGUCCAGGACCAGGCUGGAUCCAUGUGGACGACGUGAAACCAGAGGCGUAGCCAGAGAACAGCCAGGGUGGGACUGGACUCCAUCCAAAUCUGAUUGCUCCUCCUUUUACCACCCCAAAGCUUUUAGUGUGUCAUUAAACAUUUUAGGGGCUCCCAGUUUUGAGCCACUAAGCUAGACACCCCGACAGUAUGAGCUUGUUUUCCCAAUGGAGAAAAAUUUACAUUUUCAACAACAACUUUUAAAGGAGACCUGUUAUACUCAGUUUCACCUUUCAUUCUGUCAGUCUCUGUCUCUGAGUUGUUUGUAAGUCCUGUUUUGACUUUGUUUUGACCUCUCUGAAAAAGGAUCACAAAUCUGCAUGACAGGAAGUCACUAUAACGACAGAAACCAGGUUUGAGAAAAACUUAUUUGACAUGCGUUUUAAUUUUACAGUUUGACCCAUGUUCCAUCUGUUUACAUAAAAGGGGCAGGGUUUAUGAACUAUACUGCGACCGGUCAUACUUUGGCCUUAAUCCUUAUGACCCCUAUUGUAAUGAACAGUUUAUGAUCCAUCCCCUUCUACAGUAUCUUCUUCUAUGGUUUGGGGUGUAGGGAACAUUGAAGGUGGUCAAUCAUGUGUCUUUUCACUGUCAUGACUCAUCGAUGUACCUGAUUCUUUUAAAUCAGGUAACUGCAGUAAGUAGUACGAUAAAAACAUUGUUGAGUUCAACGUAUGUUUUAAACAUUUGUUUGGUAAUACAUGGUGCCUUAAAAAUAAUAUGUAACUCACUAUCUUCAUGAUAAAUUGUGCAGCCUAGAUACCUUGUAUAAUCUUCAGAUGCAAAGAGAGAAAACGAGAAACAGGAGGAGGAGGAGGAAGUUAUUUAAACAGGGUUCCCAACAGUAGCUCACACCUGAGGCUCCCUUAUAUCCGACUUCAUUCAGUCAAAAACAUGGACUGCACAUGGUAAACCCAUCACAGGCGCAAAAACUCACACACACAUACACACACAUACACACACUCUCACACACGUUUGCUCUCAGCUUCAUCCAGGAAAUAACUUUUAUUCAUGAAAUCACAAGAAGUACAGGGACAGAAAGACCAAUAAAGGCAUUCAACCAAAGGUCUGUGCCUCUGAAGACUGAGAUUAAGAGUACCAGAAGAGAAAAUCUGGACAGUUGUAGUGUUUCUUGGUCCCUCACCUCGUAUGACUAGCUGCUUUUUGGAUGAUUGUUUAGAUAAUUGUUCGGUUUUAAUUAUCUAAUGAAACACCUGCUAUGUAAAACCAUGUUUAAAUAGCCACUCAGUAAACAAACAGUUAAAGGUGGGGUAGGCAGGAAUCCCUUUAAGAAGCAUCUUUUUUGUGGUGUAUGUACAAAAAAAUAUCGCUGUGCUUUUUUUACGUCUGUGUAGUCAACAUUUUAAAAUUUCAGAGUGCUCCGUUCUUUCUGACUGUAAACAAAGCCAUUCCCCGCCUCCCCCAUCCUGAUUGGUUGUGAGGCGGACGCUGCUCCCUCAUGUUGUGGGGCAGACGCUGCUCACCCGUGUCGUUCAGGAGCCCAAACAAAGUUAGCCUGCUAUGAUAUCAGACAGUAGAAAACAGCCAGAAAGACAUUCAUCUCAACUGGGUGUUACGGUGUCUUUGACCAUAACUUAAAUUUACUCCAGAAUAUCCCUUUAACGUAUGAAAUACCGUGAGUGAAAGAAGGGAAAAAAUACGGAUUAUGUGCCAGACUUUUACAAGCAGGGCACCUCACACCACAGAGUGACGUCAAGGGUUUCCCUUUCAUUGUAUUUCAGCCAGUCAGAUAAGAAACAACACAGUGUUUCCUUUAACAACAUGGGCAUGGGAGGAGGACUGACCCAAAAGCAAGAGCACAAUUUUGAGUAUUUGUUUUUUUUUUUCUUUUUUUUAUCACUGGUACACUGUAUAACAUACAUUUAGGCCUCUGGAGCACAAGGUAAAGAUGUUUUGCAAACAUCCUCUAAUUCCUCCUCAAACCCUCACUUUUCUCCCCUGUAUAUAACAUUCAUUGGCACUUAAAUUGACAGUGUACGUAAACUGCAGACUGUUCUUCAGAGGAUACAUUUUGCGGGGCCAUGGUUAACAGUAUGUUUUCUUUUAAAUCAAAAACAGCUUCCUCAAACCUUUGACCCUCAAACACCUCCAUCAUUAUUGUUUUAAGGUUUGAACUUUUCAAAAGCAGAUCCGACAUCUCUUUAUUUCCAGAUCUAAAGAAACACUUCCUCCUUUUAUGCUGACCUCAAUUGAAAAUAGGACAUAAAGUAAACUUAGCUGAAGUCUUACACCACAAACCAAAAAUGUUUCCCUAACUCAUCCAGCCUGGUUAACUGAGAACCUGAUCCUAUAGUCGGCUCAGCUGGAAGGAGCUCAAAAAAGAUGUAAUUUUGUCAGCUGCCACUAGACGGGGUGAGAGCUGGGGGGAGCCAAACCCCUGCCCAUAAUAACCACCAGACAUGACUCAUUCAGCGUGGAAUACCACAGCAGCCACAGACAGGUCUCUGGCAGACGAGGAGCAGAAACCCGACCCUGCAGCCCAGUUUGUGAAUGGAACUGAAAUGAGCAAAAGCAGAGAAAAUUUAAUGGAGCUCCUAUAGGACUUAAAGAUUUAAGAGUUAAAAAAAAUCACAAGUGUUUGGUUUGGCAUAUUUAUGAAAGUGAAGUGUCUGAGAGGCUUAAUCUGGUGUUUUUAUAUUGAUAAGCGCAGUGAAACAAAGGAAAAGUCUCUCUGUUUUUACAGUUUCUUUUAACUCACCGUCUUAAUUCCCUGUCGGUUCAUUGAUUCUUUUGGCCGAAUCCACCCUCAUCCUGCAGAGCUCCUAAAAGACAGCACAGGAACAACACAUCACCUUGUCAGAUAUGAUUGUAGCUCUGAUCAUCGUCAGUCUUUUGCCCAGACUUCCCCCUGCGGAGAGCACCACUCAAUCUGAAGACUAACACAUGUUGGACAGUCAAAUCCUUAUUUGCUUACGUGGAGUCAGUCCAAAGCUGGAGGGCCUGCCGAGCCAGGAGUCUAAUCUGUGGGCACAAGGAGGAACAUAGGAAUAACAUAUUGUACAACUUAAAGUAUGGCAGGGGAGCAAACUGUGAGCGCUCACGUUACAUGAAAACAGCAGGCAGGAAGUGUUUUGCAACAGCGGAAAAUCUUCAGGUCCAGUCCGACCACCAGACGGUCACACUUCAUCGGGCCUGGAGGCUGCGGUCAGUGGACGGAUACCUUCCCUGCUGUAAGGGUCGGAUACGCUGUCAUGCAUUUGUCUAAAGCUCCCUCUCACACUUUUUUUUUCUGUUUCUAUUCCUCUGCCUCUCUGCUCAGAAAAAUCUAACACCUAUCUUUUCUAAACUACUGCACUUCCUUCUCCAAUUCCUCUCAUCUCUCAGUUUCUCCUUUCCUGUCUCCUCGUGCCCCCCUCCUUCAUAGCAGCCUUACCUCAUUGUGUUUUCUCCUCCCACCUCCCCCCCUCAAACUUUCUCAUUCCCCCAUCUCUCACCCUCUUUCUCUCUCUGUUUGUGGUCAGUCACACUUAAUCUACCACCAUCCAUCUGUUUCUCUUCAUUCCUUUAGUCUGGUCUGUUUCCCAUUAAGAUUACAUCAGGCUUUGACCUAUUAGUGGGCCGUGAUCCUUUUGAAGUCAUUUUGUGGUUGCAGGUUAAGCUCAAAGCCCACCACUCUUCUUACUCUGUGUAUUACAGACUGUAUUUGGUCUGUGGGGGAGGGUUUUUAAAACUUCUCAGCCCACGACCAAAAUCAUUUUUUUUUCUUCUCUGAGAUCCAGGCUCAUUAAAUCAUAUGAGCGAGCUUGUCAUGUGGAGACCAGCUAGUGGAGGGCCUGCGACCCAUUUUGGGUCCCAACUCAUAAUCCAACGUAGCAAUCUGUGAACUGGACUAUAUUGUUCAUUUAACCUCAUAUCCUGAGGAUUUUGAUUAUUUUUUCAAGGUAACUUUCCCAACCAGAGAGUCUCUGUUCCUUAUUAGGGUAACUGUUUAAAGUCGGGUUUAAAUUCCCGACUUAACAAAGUGCAGACCUCUAGAAUAAAAGUGUGUUUUUGUAAAGGGUUUCCUGAUAGCCUAAUGGUUGGGAAGCCAGGCCCAAAGUUGUAUGUCUACAUUCAAGACCUCUGCUCUGUCCCAAAGAGUUAAGGUGAAAUGCCCCCAAAUAAUCUUAAAAUAUUCUAUCUUCCAGGGAGAACAGGAAGAACAUUAAAUCUUAUUACCCUCAUACUUAAAUUGAAAAAAAAGUCCAACCCCAAAAUGUAGGCAAACGGAUCUUAAAAUGUAGCAGAAUAUAGAUCCAAUGUGCAUCCAUUAUUGCUGACCAGGCCCACAUAUUUCCUGUCAUCUUUGAUCAUUUGGUCAAUAAUUAAACCCCCAGUGUUCACUUCCAGAUGUAGAUCACGAUAUCAUCAAUGAACUCCCAGAGUUUAACCCCUCACCUCUCUCCUGUCUUGGAUGCCUGUGAAAAGAGAUUGACUCAAAUGUUAAACUGUACAUCAUCAUUACUCCUGGGUCAGAGCGCGGGUAAAGAGCCAAUUGGCCGAGUCAUGACGUUAAACUGACAUCUAUUGGCCGAUCCGAGGCAGGGUGGGAUGUUAAAGUCAUUUAGACUCAUCAGGCUAAGUGGACACAGUUGACUGAGAGGUCUCGAACCUCCCUACGUCUGCUUGUGGCUACUUCUUCUGCGCCAAAAAUUGUCAAUUAGAGCGGUGGAUGAGAGGACAUCUGGGCUGCCGAGUGUGUGUCUGCUUGACUAAUGUGUAUCAACGCAUGCCAGCAGGGCUAAAUUCACUCUGCAAAUGAACCGUACGCUACUGUCUUUUUAACGAUCACUCAUUCAUAAUUGAAGAUAUUUUCACAGUGGCAGUGUGGAGUGACAGCUGACUGUCUUCACAGCACAGUAAGUUUGAUCCCCGUGUUAAACUGGACAAAGAAUUGAAACUGAUAUAAACUGAGAUGACCACAAACAGAUUUAUAAGCAGUCUCCUCACAGUUUUCCUUAACUCUGUGGAGCAGUGUCGUCUCUAUCAGCAGGUUGUUUCAGAUUAAAGAUCUGCAACCUCAGAGUUUCGAUCCCCUCUCAAAGCUCUCUUCAAAGAGGUUUCCAGUCACAGCAAGUAAAAGUGAGAGCGAUCAAAACCACGACUCAAAUUCCAAUUAGUUUUCAAAUUUGACAACUCAGCGCAGUGUCUUUGUACCAAUGCUGCCUUACUUGGGGUUGCUGCGGCCAAAAGGGAUGGGUGGGGUCAAGUGUCCUAGAGUGAGACCAUAGACUGUAUAUACUAUGGACGACUUGACUCCGCCUCCCAUCAUAAUGCGAAUUUGAAGCCGAAAAGCUCUCGGUAUUUCCAGGAUUUUCUCCACUUCCUGGAACCACCACUUGCGCAGCAGCAUUGUACGCACUCUCUCUAUUUGAUUGCUUAUAACUCUGCACUGACACAAGAUAUGAAAAUGACAUGAAUACGAAAUAUAUACCUGGUCUUUUGUGCGGUACACUUUUUGUUUAUAUUGUUUAUAUAUGAUGUAUUGAUUCCAAGAAAUAUAUAAGAGUGUAAAAGGUGUGACAACAAGCCCCGGUCUCCCCUAUUUCAUGUAUUCAUUGUUUCUCCUUUUUUUCUUUCGUGUUUAUUUCUUUUGCACCAGAACAUAUUUUCUUGUAAAAGUCACAACUUUACCUUUCUCCCACCAAGGGGUCCACUAUGCCCAUUAACCACUAAUGUUUCUUCACAUACAUAUUCACACCAACUUCAUUACGCUCCAGUGUCUACAGGUCAGUGACUUUAAUUUGGAUCACAAGAGACAUCACAUGUUCACAGUGACCCCAGUGAUUUCACCAUUGACCUUUAAAACUAUUUCAGAAGAAGAAGAAGAAGUGGAAAAAAAAGUGAAAAUAGGGACAGUUUAAGGUUAAAGACUGGACAAUUGGAGGGUAAAGACUGUACUUCCUCUUCCUCCUCCUUCUGCCCCUUUUACUCCUCCUCCCUCCUCCUAACACCUGAUUCUGAUCACCAUUCACCUCCCAUCAUCGCGACAAAAAUCACCUUCAUCACUGCGUCCCUGAACUCUGUCUGCCUGACUGAGCCGAAUGAGGAUACCUUAAGGAGUAAGUACCUCUCAAUAUAUCAGUUGUUGACUUAAGUUAUUCAGAUUGAAAUGUUUGUUUAUCUUUGUGUGUCUGUACACUUUUAUCCCUCCCCGGUGUCGUUUCAGGGCUCGUGUCAGCGGAGAUGUUGGCAGGUGCGUUAGUUCUAGGCACCAUCCUUGCAACUUUACCAGGUAAGAGAGAAAAACAAAUAAAAAUCUCAAACUUGAUCUUAGUGUAAAAUCUGAGCAGAACAGGUUAAGUUGAGUACAUUUUUCUUUUUUAAAGGGGUGUCAAAUGACCUGUUAGGGGGCACAAUUGUCAGAUUUUUGAUUUGUAUUCUGGGUGUAUCAUAGGAUUACCACUAUGCUGGAAAAUGAAGUAAAAUCUGUUUAAAAGUAAUAGGCUCAUUGUAUCCACUAUGCAUAUAAGGUCCUGUAGCCAGGUGCCCUUGCCUUUACACUCAGGUUAUUUAUAAGUAUUGAUUGCCUUUUGUGCAAGGUAGUCAGCCAGGCAGGCAGUUAGCAGUGCAGGACGACACCCCGGCUGCACAUCGAGGCUCAUUGUCACUGCUCCAGUUUUAUGUGUCACUCUGAGCGAGGCUGUGGUUUGACAUGUUUGACUCCUGAGAUCCACAGUAAAGAAAAUCUACAAAUGUUUUUUUUUUUUUUUUCUGGUCUUAAACCCUCUAAACUGGUUUGACUUUAUUAACUUCUAUUUAAUAAGUCUAAUUGUUAUUUGUGUAUUUUUUAUUUCAUGGUUGAGAGUGUCUGGACAAACUAGAUCAGCUCUUUAUAUUUUUCUUAUUACAUCUUUGCACAUACAGUAUAUGUACAGUAUAUGAACUAUUGUAGUUUUAGUUGUUACUGUGUAAGCAUCUGUAUCAAUAGAUAUGGUUUCACAUCAGAUUUUAUCUCUGGCAUGAAACAGUAUUUUAUCACAUUGUCUAGUAUUACUUCAUAUCAUACAAUUUUACAUCAUAUCAUACUAUACUGAUACCUCAUCAUUUUGUAGCAUAUCCCAUUGAAUAGUAUCAUAGAGAGUUGUAUUGUAAGAUAUUGUUUGGAUGUAUACUAGUAUACUGUUAUAUUUGUGUGCACACCUAUGUUAUUGUCCUGCAGGUAUCCAGAGCAGGUGGUCAGUUACAUUCUCUCGUAAGGAGAUCUGUGUGUGGGCAGGAACGACCGUCACUCUGCCCUGCCGUUAUGACUACCCAUCAGGUAUCGAAUAAAUAAAUAGGCCCUCUUCAGAGUUAGAUAUAAGGUUUUCAUGCAGUGUUUUACAAGGUCAUAAAAGCACUAGAUGAAACAAGUCUAAGGCUGUGUCCAAAAUGAAUCACUCAGUCCCUAACCCCUAACCCCAAUAUGGGGUUUUACUAAAUACUUGACUAUGUAGUGAACUCAGUCACCGGAGGUUUCGGACACUACAUGGCAAGCCGCAAUGCAUGACGGGAUGCCCACCACCAGUGAGUGACCAUUGGAUGGUCACUACAUUUUGCAACGCUCUAUGGGAAAUUUUGAGUCGCCUAUAUGGGGCACUGGAACUGAUUAUUUAGGUUUCGGACACCCCUCAAAAUGGCACUGACCCCCAUAUAGUCACCUAGAAAAGGGUUAGGGAUCCAUUUCGGACACAGCCUUCAUCUUUCUUUUUAAUUUGUGUUGUUAGUCAUAUGUGCUGACCAUCAUUUUGAAGGUUUGGUUCUUGUGUUUCGCUCUGUAGGUCACACUGUGAAGCGAGUCAUGUGGUUCCGGGUCUCUUCAGAUGGUCGUAGGGAGUUCACUUACCACACAGACCCAAACCAGAUCAGCCUGUCAUACCGAGGGCGUGCACGGUAGGAGAAACAUGCAAGUUUGAAAGCUCCUGUAGCACAAACAGACAAUGUGAAAUAAAACAUGGCAAAUAAAUGGCAAAUAAAUGUUGGAUUCCAGCUAUAUUGGGGGCAGCUACUCCAGCUGCUCGGUCCAGAUCCGGGCUGUGAGGCUCAGUGAUGCGGGCCAGUACCACUUCAGAUUUGAGACCGACCAGCCACUGGGGAGGUGGACCUCCCCCAACACCAUCACUCUGGCUGUGACAGGUCCGACUCAAAAAACUAUCAUAACAGUACUGCUAUGGAUAGAAACAGCCAGUCUGUUUGUGUUAAUGUCCACUUAUGUAUUUCAGACCUUCAGGUUCAGGUCCAUCCAGCAAGGCCUGCUAACAUGUUUGGCUUUGGUGAGACUGUGUUUGUGGGCUGCCAGGCUUCAGGUUGUGCUGCUCCAGGAAGAAGCCUUGCUCUGUACAGGUGUGUUAUUAUACAUGUGGGGUAACAACACUCACCUGGACAGAUGCCUGGAGUAUACUGGUAUAUAUCUGAAUAUCUGUCCUGCACACAGAAACGGACUGAACCUGGGAUCAUACGAGAAAUGGAUGAUUAUAAACCGCUUUGACCAGCAGCAUGUAGGAGCAUACAGCUGCCGACCGAUCCCACCACAGAACGUCCAGUCACCAUCCCUCUCCAUUAACUUAGGACGUGAGUAAUCGCUAUCAAACCAGUCAAAAUAGAUCGCCUUUUGUCUGAAAAAAAAGCUCUCAAAGUUUGUGUUGUCAUAAUGUUUAAUGUUGAGAAACACGAGUUGUCUAUUCUUCCCAUUUUCCAUCAUCCCCCCUGUAGAUGCCCCUCGCUCCACCUUCAUAGUCGUCUUUCCAUUGGGGGAACUGUUAGAAGGAGGAUCAGCUACUCUGACCUGCAGUAGUGAUGCAGCUCCACCUGUAGAGAGCUUUGCAUGGUUCAAAGGUACGUGUUGAUGUUGUGAGACAAAUGUACUGCAUGUAACGACACUUAAUCUCUUCAAAUAUUUUGAUGUAGUCUUUCUAAUUUUAGAAAUGUCUUCCUUCUUUUGCUCUCCAGACAUGGAGAGCGGCAGCAUCCCAGACAGUUUCAGUCCUCAGCUCCACCUGUCUCACCUCAAAUACACAGACAGAGGAGAUUACUUCUGUGUGGCUCGAAACUCACUGGGAACUGACCGUUCGAAGCCACUCCUACUCAAUGUGACCUGUAAGUUGAUCCGGACAAACGUCAGAACCAAAACUGAGCUCAGGAUUUAGUUUAGGAGCAAACAGGCUUUUUUUUUAACUCAUAACAGACCUGAUGAAAUUGUCUGCUUUGUGUUCUGUUGUGAAAUCUGUCUGGGGUUAGUCUGGGUCACAGUGAUGAGGCAACGGCUCUAUUUUAACCACAUAAUCAUAACAGCAAUCAUCUAUCAUGUGGAGGAAGUGAGACAAAGUGAAACUGCUGACUGUUCUUGCUACAGCUCUUACUUCUUUAUUUAUCGUCCACAUCCUUUACUCUCACUGGUACUAUUAGUCGUUUAGCAUGAGUGCACAAGAGCUGCUGCCAUGUCCCUCCACAUUUUUCUGUCCAAAAGCUGUAAGUCUCUCUGAUCAGGGACGGCAUUUCCUUCCUGAAAUGAAAAUAAACAUAUCAGUGAAGAUGUUGUUUUGUGCUCUGUGUCCACCUGCCUUAUUAGACUCUCCAAAAAACACACGCGUGCUGGUGAGUCCUCCAGGGGACAUCAAAGAGGGCUCGUAUGUAAACCUGAGCUGUGUAAGCCAAGCUCACCCUCCUGCUAACAGGUAUGAAUGAUACUUCUGCUGUCUUUUUUCUUUUUUCGGUGUUAAUUAAAAUUAUGGUCAAACACCCAGUUAGACACCCCCUCGAGAGAUGAAUGUUGCCGACUGCUUGCUUCUCUGGUUAUUCCAACUUCAGCAACGACCACACGAUAGCAAUACACAGCGGUCUACGUCUCCACGUGCAAACCUCAACCAAAAAGCCACUCUAUAGCCACAAAUAAUGCUCAGAACAGCACCUAACUUCAUCAACAUAUAGUGUCCCAGCCAUAGUACUAGCCAUCAAACAUCUUUUUAGCUUUGACGGAUUUCUUUAGCAAAGAGACUAAACAGAACUCACAUAUUCUCCUCCGGCAGCCACUUGUUUGUGGGGGAGCCCUGACGAGUCGAUCAACGAGUGCAGCGGAAAAUUUAUGAUUAUUACUUCAUGGAAAUACAAUCAGACCAAGACGCUAAAGCAGAAGAACUGCUGCAUCUGCAGGACACAUACAAGAUACACAAGAACCCUGAUCGCAUUUCCAUGAAGUAAUGAUCAUAAAUUUUCUUCCUUGAGCUGCAAAACUCUGCUGCCCCUUGGUGAUCGACUCGUCAGGGCUCCCCUACAAACAAGCAGCUGCUGGAGGAAAGUGGGUGAGUUGUGUUUGGUCUCUUUGCUAGAAAGAAAACAGGCAAAGCUAAAAAGAUGUUUGAUGGCUAGUACUAGUCCUAUCGCUGGGACCAUAUAUGUACUGUUGAUGAAGUUAGUGGCUGUUCUGAGCGUUAUUUGUGGCUAUAGAUUGGCUUUUUGGUUGAGGUUUGCACGUGGAUAUGUAGACUGCUGUGUAUUGCUAUUGUGCGGUCAUUGCUGAAGUUGGUAUAACUAGAGAAGCAAGCAGUCGCAUCAUUCAUCUCUCGAGGUGCUGUCUAACUCAGUGUUACUGUGUGUUUGACCAUAACUUAAAUUUAUGCGGGAAUAUCCCUUUAAGUUCUGCUUAGUAUUUCAGCUGAUUUGUCAACAUAAUCUUCAUUCUUGCGUUUCUUCUUUCGUAUCAUUUCAACCCACAUCCACUGAAUCCAUACUGGAUCCUGCAGGUAUGCUUGGUAUCAUAUUGUGGGCGACCAGGUGUUGAAUAAAGGAAACUUCCAGAACCUGACGUUCCCCUCAGUGCGAGUUCGUCAUGCUGGUCAGUACUACUGCACAGCGUGGAACCGGUUAGGAUACCAAAGCUCUCCUUUGGCGACACUCACUGUCCUGUGUAAGUGGAGUGUGUGUGUUAUUUAUCGUGUGUGACAUGUUUGCAGCCAAAGUUCUCUCUGAUACUGAAAUGUACCCAAAGAAAAAGUCUUUCUUAUUCUCCUCUGUAUGCAGAUCCUCCAAAGAACACUUCUGUUCUGGCUCGCCCCUCCACGGUAGUAGACGCUGGCCGACCUUUGACCCUGACCUGCAGCAGCCAGGCCAACCCAGCGGUGGACAACUUCACAUGGCACCGCCUAACUCUGGAUGGGGGCUCUGUACAAUGUUAGCAUCGUAAAAAUGUGGUUCCACUCAAGGUUAACAUUACAACAUCAUCAACUCUAUAAGCUGUGGUGGAUAUUUGCAGUCAGUGAGGUGUCAUGCUCUCUGUGUGUUUCUGGACUGUCUGUUGGUUUGGAUCCUCCAUCACUGUCAAAGUAGAUUUUCUCUCUUUCUGUGGCCCCUGCAGCAUGGGGUACAAAGUCCGGACCUGUCUUCACCUUCUCGGAGGUCGGCCCUGGAGAGAGCGGUCAGUACUACUGCGAGGCCAGGAACCGGAUCGGGGCCCACAGCUCUCCUGUCCUCACUGUGCGAGUUAGAGGUAAGAAAUGAUUUAUACAUGGAAACACUGGAACAGAUAGAAAUGCUGGCGUUUACCGAUGUCGUAUCAAGUUUUCGACUAACAUUUGUGUUCUCCUGAGGAUGAAUCCAACUGACUUUGGUAGCUCCACCACAGGGUCAGGUUGCAGUUUAGACAGAAAUAUGUGUUAGUGAUGGAAAGUACAACUUCCCGCAGAGAGUGGGGUCAGUGGUUCUUUUCCACUCUACUUGAUAUUUUGCUGGUGCCUCUACUUUUUAAUCUUGAAUCUUAAAGAUUUGUUUUGUUUUUUUCUAUGUAGCACUUUGUUCAGGUGCGGUGUGUACCCAUCCCUACUUUAAGAGUUAAAUGCUAAUCAGCACCUCCUACAGUUCUACAUUGUUACAGGUUUUAAUCAUCAACAUCACAUCCCUCCUGCUCUUGCGUUCCUCCACUGGCUCCCGUGCAUUUAAGAAUUGGUUUUAAACUUUUACUGAUCACUUUUAAAGCUCAUCUAGGUCUUGCCUCAAGUUUCACAUGUAGAGAUGUUGACACCAUAAAAGCCAUUUCUCAGCAUUAGAUGUUGAGGCAACCUUCUGGUCGAUCCAAAGUCGAGCCUUCAAUUGGAAAGGGAUUGCUUUUUGUUUUUGUCGUUGUUUGUUUUUGUUUUGUUUUUUUUCAUCAGAAAAAGCACCAUCUGAAACAGCUUUACUGAGGAGAUACGUUGUGCAGAAUCAGUGAUAUCUUUUAAUUCCCCUCUUAAAACUCACCUCUGACCACUUCUUAAUUUCACUGAAUUAAAGCUCCUGUGAGCAACUUUCAGGUUGUGUCAACUUUGGCGCCCCCUGUUGACAAAUAAAUAUUUGCUACCUUUUCCCUUGUUGUUCCUGCCUAACUCGAGAGUACACAGCAUAGAGAGAGCCAUAGCUGUCAACAGAGCCGUCAUUUAUGGCAUUAUACAUCUUUUCAUUACAUCAAAUAACUUUUCUAAACCAACUUAACUUCUCAGAAACUCAGCAGUAUGAGGAUUAAUUUUAAUGAGAUAACUUGUGUUGGAGUAAAAUAGUCUUUGACUUCUUUGGUUUUUAAAGCCAGGCCCACGUUACAUCUGUUCAGAUGGAGGAGAACAGUUUGGUGAACUACAGUAUCCUGCAGCAGUCAGCAGGGGGAGGUUUUGGCCUUACUUUUGACACUUUUUUAAAGAGCUGUGACGUUGCCCAUCUUUUUAAUGAGUCAUUACCAUAAAUAUUAAAUUUGAUAGUAAAUGCUGGUAUUAAUAUGUAGUGUAAGCACCCAUAUUCAGACAUGAUGUGUCUGAAUAUGUGCCAAAAACAUCUAGGUGAGGUUUGAAUAGAGUAUGAAUAUCAAUCUUUGGCAUCUACACUUGGUCGACCAGCAAAAGCAGAAAACAUUAUCAAAUUGGUUUAAAUGCCGACUGGAAGGAGCAGUUAGAAAAAACUGACAAGGAAACUUUUACGAAGAAGAAAAGAUGACUGCACGGCGACUCUCUAACAUGUCAAAUAAAACAAAUGUGACCCUGAAAUUCCGAGCGUGUUGAUUUUCAUCAGUUGUGAAUGAUGCCGCUACAUUCACACUCUCUCUAAUGUGGUUCAGUGGUCGAUCUCUCUAGACUUACUGUCUUCGGUUACUCUUCUUUGUACAUGUGAUUGUCAUCUCCAGAAGUGUCAUGGACGGGGAUGAUGUGUUGCUGAUAAGCUCAGUGAAACUCUCCGGCCUUCCUGCGUGCAUCUAUGUUUCUGGUUAGCUCAGACAAUGAGCUGAAGAUGAAGCAUGUUUUCUGUUAUGGCACACAGGACGCUGGGAUGGUUUUUAUUUUUCUUUAACUUGACGAGUGAUGAGACCUCCCUUGUCUCUAUCACAGCGUGAGCCUCACUCCGUGCUGUGUAUGGUGUCAUGGUUUCUGGCUGUUUUUCUAUGAGUCAUUGUGAGUCAUGUUAAUUCAUCUCUCUACGAGGAGAGAGGAAGGAGGUGAUGAGGUGUUGUGGAAAACUACUAUUUGAGUCUAGACGGAUGAAGUUGUGGAGGUUUUUUGGAAAUCAGAAAUGGAAACACAAGUCUAGACGCUUGAAAGAUGAUGCACAACUCUUUCCUCUUUCUUCACUUUCUCUCUUUCUAUUUUUAUAUCUUCUGCUAUUUUUAUGGCUCGCUGUGCUUCUAUUUUUAUGCAUCAUAUUCUAACUUUUUCUCUUUUUCCUAAACUAAGUUGUAAACUGACUGUCUUUUUUUCACUGGCAGGUCGUCUGAAGGCGAUCGCCCUGGCGUCAGCUGUAGGUGUGUCUGCUGGACUCAUCACCCUCACUGUGGCCAUCAUGAUCAGGUGACCAAAAUAUCAGAAAUGAAUUCUUUCAGAGCAGUUUUGUCUUGUUUCAUGGAAAAACACACAAUUCUUUAGUUUGCAUCCACUUUAUUCACACAAGGCUAUUUUUCCUCUUGAGUGGCAGCUGUGUGUGACAGACAGCUGAAAGUCAGAACAAACUGAAAGUUGUACCGUGCCCACCAUCAAAAUCUGAGCCUUGGGUGCCUUUACAGUUAGGAUGAGGCUGGCUCAGGUUUAAACUCAGUAUCAGACCUCAGACCUCAGUAUCUUGAGAACAGAAAGAUAAACUUGUUAAACUUCUAAAAUGUCUGUGAACACAGUUUAUCUCUGUAUUUAUCAUAGCAGUUUCCAGGCAAAUAGAAAAACAUUUCUUAUAUAUAAAAAUGAUCGAUGAUCAAAAACUGACAACUUUUUUGGGUCAGAGUCCACAUCAACACAGAACACUGUAUCCAGGUUUAAGAGCAACAAAGAGAGAGAGAGACCUCAAAUAUUUCAGUUAAACCAGGUUCUGCACCUGCGUGGCUCUAAGACAGUCUGGGUCAUAGACUGUAUAUAGAAUGGACGCCGUCUGCCUCCUCGCUGGGUGACACCACCAUGAGAACAGCACCCUCUGGUGACAGGCUGCAGUAUAGGCCAUAAAUCCCACCUCCUCCAGCAAUCCCUAUGGAGCUGUAGACAAACUUUAGAAAUUUAUUCCACAGAAUAUACAUUUUUCUCCUCCCUGGUUGCGAUGUUGACAUGUAGUUAUUGUAAGACUGUUUUGUGCUCAAGUCCUCUUUUUCCUGUCCAGCUCCAUCUUUAAAAGUAAUUAGGGGGUUCAUGUUUUCUAUGAUUGACACUUGGGUGUACAAAGAUUGGGUAGCUCACCAGGGGAUACGCUGUUUGAGCCGAGUGCCAUCAAAGCGACUCUCGGGGACUCUCCCACCAAAUGCGUAAAAUGCUACUGCGCAAGUGGUGAUUUCUGGAAAAUCACGGAAAUACAGCGAGCAAUUCUACUUUAAAUUCCUAGAAUGACGGAAGGCGGAGCCAAGUUGUCCAUUGUAUAUACAGUCUAUGGUCUGGGUACUAAACUGGUCCUCCUGCAUUUACAACCUUUACUUAUUGAAAUUAUUAUGCUUAAGAUGAAACAAAAAAAAACCCACAAAGUAUUGUAUAAUCACAUUUUUUUGAAUGAAACCGAUUAUUUGUCUGCAGUGAUGAUACUUUCAGUCAGAAUGGCCAACAACUUGCCACACAAUGGUAACACACAGUAUUUAAAUUUUGUAUCCUGAACAAUAUGCCUGACUGUUUUUCAGAGUCCUGCAUAUUUAAUGGAUAUUUUAUGGAGUUUGAUCUUCACUGUUUUAUUUUACAUCACAUUUGUGGCAGGGAUCAGCACAUGGUAACAGUUUGACACUUUUGUCCUCUUGUUGUCACAGUAAGAACAUGCACAGAGUUGACAUGGAGUCAGGAGAAAUACCAAACAAGGUAAAAUAUACAAAUUCUUUGGUUUGAUCAUUUCACUCAUCAGCUUCUCCUUUUGGUAGAGUUUAUAGCCUACUACUAAAACCCUGACGUGUCAAUAUCCUGCUUAGAAACCCUCAGUUUUACUUAUCCUUUGUCUACUGUUUGUGAUUAUGUGUGUGUUUGUGUGUGUGUGACCCCAGCGUCCAUCAGUGACAGCUGACACGGUGUUCUAUGAGUCAGCCCAGCAGACCUUUCCAGUGAGGAAGGGUAUGAUGUCCGACAUACCGGUACACAGUCCAACAGCACACACUCUUGGAUUCCUACAUCUCUCUGCAAACGCAUGACAAAAUGCUUCAUAGAUACAUGUGUGCGUAUGUGUAUUUGUGUGUGUAUAUGUGUGCAGGAGGAACCAGAAGACUUGAGUGACAGCUGCCACCCAGCCAUCGUCCCCCUGAAAGAUGCUCCACCAAUCACAGAAGUUGAAAGUCGCAGCCCCGCCCCUAAUUACAUCACUGUCCACUACUCCAAGCUGUCCAAGUAAACAUCUAAACCUUCUCAGUCUCUCACUCCUCUUUCUGUCUGUUUCACUCUCCUUCUUCCUCUUUUACUUUUCUCUCUCUCUCUCUCUAAGAUUCUGGCAUUUUCUAUCUUACCAUCUGUCUCCCUGCAGACCGUCGACCGCAGAAGUAAUGUACAGCUCUGUGUCUUGUAUGUCACAGAUUUUAUUUUACAGCUACACUGACCUUCUUCCUUUCUUCUUUAUCUUCCUGUCAUCACUUUCUCUGCAUUUUCCACCCCUUGUCUUUUCCUCUAUCUCUCCUCUCUUACUUCUGUGAUAUCCAGCACCUUCUUCAGUUUACGAGAGGACGAUAAAUUUCUUCAUCCUGGUUUUGAAUGUUUAAAACAUUUUAAUGGUUUUGGAGCAAAAUCAAGACUUUUUUUUUCUAUGAUGUGAUUUGAGUCACAUGUGAAGAUGAACUCAUGUGGCUGCUUUUUGUUGUCAUGGGUUUCAGUACAGAGCAGGUGCAGGUCCACAAUCUACCACAAGGGGGAGAUAGAAAGCUGAAAGAUUCCUCCAAAGUUGUUUACACGUUGCUGCAGCAGCCUCGGCGUUAACCAGAAGAGACAAGCAAAAUCAGGUCUGAGUGUAUUAUUAUUCUCAUGAUGUUAUAAACAAAUAUUAUAUAUUUAUAUUUAAUUUUAAACUCACUUUUUCUCUUACCUACCUUCCAUGUUACUCACCUACAAAUCAACUAGUUAACUUUUUCUCACAUCCCUACUUUUGACUUACUGUCCCACCUACUUUCUUCCUAAUUUAAGUACUUAUCUAACCACUAACCUCUCCACUGACCUUUCACAGCAUACUUCCUAACCUGAACAAAUCCUCUAACUUAUUCUCACCUAGAGAGGAGCGUUGGACAUGAAGUGGAUCCCUGUGGAUGCUGCUGAUGCCUCCUCUGGCUGUCCUGGACUGGACGUGUAGAUGUGGAUGCUCCAAAGUUCACCACACCAUCAGGGUCUUUGAAUUGACUUGAAUUCCAGCUCCACAACUACGCUCUAUGUCUCUCCUGGUGUUUUCUAUGCAUUUUAUCACUGUAUGCUGCCUUAAAAGAAGAAAUGCUUUACAAAUGUAGCUUGCUCUCACAUCCACAGCACAUGCUGAAUAUAAACUGUUGCUGCUUUGUUGCUAAAAAUUUACUCUGACUUUUCAAGAAUAUGUUAAUGACACAAAGUGACUGGUUGCUGCUUGCAUCCUAACAACUGAAAAGUGAUGAUUGUUUGGAAUAAAACUUUAUUCCUCUAAAGAAAUGGACUGUGUUUAAAAUCAGGCGUACUGUUUCUUACAUCUAGAGUUGGAUGUAGGGGAGCAUUGCAAGCACAUAACAAAAACAAACAUUAUGUACACCAACUCUGCAUAAUGAUGCCAUCAUUGUCACACACUUCAAUGGCAUGAAAUUCAGUCACAACAAGCAUCACUAUGAGCGUAUUUUCAUGAAAUAAAGAAAAAGAGCAU